CGCCCUUCAUUUAUAUCUCUUAAUGGCCCGGCCCAUGCGGAAGGUUUGCUCCUCAAUCCUCCUCUUUGCGAGAGUAGGAAUUGCGGGUUGUGGCACGACUCACGGUCACUCCUUCCAUAAUUGAUUGAUAAUUCAUCAGAGAACGGAUAAUAUGGCCGUUGCCUUAUCUACCAAGUUAUCCUUUGUUUCCCCAGAAAGUAUAAUCUACUCCAAGGAUCGGGAUAGGAGUAGGAGGAGGAGAACAACUGUCAGUUUCAAGAGCCAAGUCUUCCACGGUCAAUCCCUCCACUUCGCUCCCCCUCCCCAUAAAUCAAAGGUUCACUGCGACAGUCUCAGGGUUUUGGAAUGGGGCAAGCUCUGCGAAUCCGUUGCCUCCUUUGCUGGAACUUCCUUGGGUCAUGAAGCCACUAAGGCCCAGCUAUGGUCUCUGCAUCAGACAUUUCAAGACAGCUUAAGACUCUUGGAUGAAACCAAUGCCGCAGUAGAAAUGCACAAGCAUGGAGCUUGCAGAUUGGAUUUCGCUGCCCUCAACCUUGCUCUGGUUGAAUCUUCUAUCCAACGCGCUCGAAGGGGCUCACCAGUGGAUUCAAAUGAAGCCAUGGCCGUUGUAGCUCUGCUCGAGUCCGUCCAUGAUUUGCAGCUUAAUCUAAAAGCGUCCAUUAAGCAAGACGCAGAUUGGUACAAACGUUUCAUGCCGCUCACUGAGAUGAUAAUUGAACCUGUGGUGAAUCGAUCCUUAAUUAAGCUCAUUCAUCAAGUUAUAGACGAAGAUGGAAUGAUCAAGGACUCAGCGAGUUCUUCCCUGGCAAGAUCACGAAAUCAAGUCCGGAUGCUGGAAGAAAAGAUACAUCUGUUAAUGAACCGGCUAAUAAGUGUUGAAAUGAAUGAGGCACCCUUUCUGGAAGUAAGUAAUGUUGCUGGAAGAUGGUGUAUAAAAUCCGCAGAUGAUCACUUGACAAUCUUGAAGGGUCUUCUUUUGUCCAGUGGUUUGGGCACUGGAAACACAGUGGAGCCACUCUCUGCUGUCCCUUUAAAUGAUGAGUUGCAACGAGCAAGAGCAUUAGUCGCAAAGGCUGAGGAAGAUGUUCUUUUGAUGUUAACAGAGAAGAUGCAGAGUGAUCUUGAUGACAUUGAGAAAACAUUGAACAGUGUUGUUCAACUGGAUGUGAUCAAUGCUCGAGCAAGAUAUAGUCUUUCAUUUGGAGGCACAUCUCCCAAUAUAUAUCUGCCAGAGGACAAUGAGGAGUUUUUAUCUGCAGAAGUCUACUUAUCAGGGAACAAAACUUCAAAAACAUCAUACACCGUUAAAAAGGAAUGUAAAUUGUGUCUAUCUAAAUGUUAUCACCCGUUAUUAGUCCAGCAGCAUAGACAGCUUCUGGAGAAGGCACAGAAGAAAGGCAGUAAAGCAAGUGCUGUUACUCCAGUUCCAUUUGAUUUUUUCGUAGACCAGAAAACAAGAGUUCUUGUUGUUACUGGUCCUAAUACUGGGGGUAAAACCAUUUGCUUAAAGACAGUUGGAUUGGCAGCUAUGAUGGCAAAGUCAGGUCUUCAUAUUUUAUCUUCAGAAUCUGUUCAAAUUCCAUGGUUUGAUUAUGUUUUUGCUGAUAUUGGCGAUGAACAGUCGUCCCAGUCUUUAUCUACCUUCUCUGGUCACCUGAAACAAAUAAGUAGGAAGGGGAAAUUUAACCUUGCACCUUUUGCAACUGUAAGGAGUUUGCUACUACUAGGCCACAACCUCCUUUAUACUGAUGAGGACAUUCGAUCACAUUCAACAGAUCAAUCACUUGUGCUACUAGAUGAAGUUGGUGCUGGGACAAACCCUCUUGAAGGAGCAGCACUGGGGAUGUCAGUGCUGGAGUCUUUUGCUGAAAGUGGAGCUUUGUUGACAAUAGCUACGACACAUCAUGGGGAACUUAAAUCCCUUAAAUACAGUGAUGAUGCCUUUGAAAAUGCUUGCAUGGAGUUUGAUGAAGAGAGUUUAACGCCAACUUACAACAUUCUUUGGGGAGUACCAGGUCGUUCAAAUGCAAUUAACAUAUCUGCGAAAUUGGGACUACCCAGCAUAAUUGUUAGUACUGCUCGUACACUAUAUGGUACUACCAGCGAAGAAAUCAAUGAGGUCAUCAGUGACAUGGAGAUAUUCAAGCAACAGUUUCAAGAGCUCAUUCUUGAGGGACGGCAUCAUCUGAUGCUUUCAAGAGACCUUCAUGAAAAACUUUUGUUUGCCAAAAGGAAGGUCCUGGGACAUGGCACUGAUCAAAGAUAUGCGAAGAUGCGAGAAAUAUCUGAGGCUGCAUCAAUUGCACGUUCUACUCUUCACAGGAAAUUGUGGCAGCUUCGUGCAUCUGCAAGAAAUAUCACUUGCCAGAGUGCAUUGGCAAGUGAUCACCAGUUCAUUACAGCAGAUAACAGUGAACAUCCAACGGAAACUCAGAGUUCAUCUACUUCUGAAUAUACCAGACAACUGCCAUCAGCAUGUAAAAGCCAGGGCACUUUGGCAAGUGAUCACCUGUGUACUGCAACAGAUAACAGUGAACAUCCAACUGAAACUGAGAGUUCAACCACUUCCAAAGUUACCAUACAAUCGCCACAAGUAGAAAGGGCUGACCUUCCCAAGGUUGGUGAUAUGGUGCAUGUUUCUUCGCUCGGCAAGACAGUGACAGUCUUAAGAGUGGAGCCAUCCAAAAGAGAAAUAGUAGUUCAAGUCGGAAACAUGAAGUUGAAGUUCAACUUGGCUAAUGUAAACUGUGAAGAGCUGAAUGGGCAAAAAAAGCUGAUCCUGAUGCUGCCAAGACAGGAAUAGAGAUGGACAGCAUAGAAAUGUCCUUCUAGAGCUUAUAAAUCAAGUCCAGAGACAAUUUGAAUAUUGAGAAAUGCUUUUGGGGACAAGAAUACACUGCACCCUCUGGAUUCAAGGUAGUUUUGCUGGAGCAUCAAUCAGUCAGCGCUUGUUAUCCUUGAUUGAUGACAAACCAAGACAUGGUAAUUGAUUGUGUAGGUUGAAAAGUUAUUAUACCGGAAUAGGUUUACCAGGAUGCUUUAUGAUAGAAUCUGCUAGUUUCCUCAUUCAGUCAAUAUUUUGAAUAUCUAAGAAAUUUUUCGUUUACAUAUCAUACUAUGAUUAGCGUGAUACAUUAGGCUUUACAAAUCGACAUUAACGGGGUGCGGAAGCAUUGGACCAUCAAAUCCACUAAACCUGUGUGUUAGCACUCAAGUUAGGAGGCCCUACUCACUCUACCGUAGUUAUUAUCUACUUUACUCAGAUUAACUUAAUGUC